GUCGUGUUCCUGUGUGUGUUCGCGGUAAAACACAUUUGCUGUUUCGUUUUCCUGAAGCAGACCACCACAGCUUGCUCCACACAAGACAAGGACUUCCUUCCUUUGGAGUCAUGGCAGCAAUUUCUACUACAGUUGUGAGCACCCAGCGGACCUCCUCUGGAACCUGGACCACAGGCAUCUGUGACUGUUGUUCUGAUAUGAGCACUUGUUGCUGUGGCUUCUGGUGUUUCCCAUGUAUGCAGUGUCAGACUGCGUCUCAGUUUGGCUGGUGUUUCUGCAUGCCAUUGCUGGACUGCUGCAUGGUGGUGUCCUGCUGUCUCCGCAAGAAAAUGAGAGAACAGUACAGCAUUAAUGGUUCAUGCUGUGAUGACUUUUGCACUCUCUGCUUCUGCUAUCCAUGCGCCUGGUGCCAGAUGUCCAGAGAAAUUAAGACUCGGGCUCGUUCCGGCACCACCGCCACCGUGGUCACCCAGCAGAUCAGAUAUUAGAGAUGCGAGUUUGCUGUAAGUUUUCUUAGUUGAGGUAGAAGCUGAAAGUGAAUGUCUCCACCCAAUGUUGAUACAUAAGCAGACAAGUUGUUUUAUAUAUAUCGUAGGCUUCACUGCUUUUUCAUAGUUUGCUUCGCAGAUUUUGUAACACAUUUAUUGUAUUUUUAUAUCGUUUUUAUUUCAAAGUUUGUAUAUUGAAGCUAAGAAAUGUUCUGUUAGAUCACUGUCAGUUAACUUUGUGAUCGCUGAUAUUAGUUUGCAGUUUAAGAACAAAAAUAAAAUGAUGUGUACUGAU